GGUUAUCAAUCCCUUCCAGUCUCGUAUCGUUCAGGUUUUCCAGUCGGGCUCAGAUUCAAACAGAAAUCGUGGACGACCGUCAGACUCUGCAGACCUGGAGAUUCUCCUCGUCCUCCUUGUGAUGUAGCCGGGUCUCGUUUUCACCCGGUCCGACCCCCGAAGACGAAACGAGGGACGCCGUUCGUCCAUGUCAAACGAGUGCAAAUGCCAUUUCAAGGAGAUCAAACACAAAACCCCUUGUGAAAUGGUAAACAAACCUCGGAAACUCAUCCUCGGACUUUUUCUCCUCCUCCUCGUCGACGUUAUAUGGGUUUGUUCCUCAGAGCUGACAAAGUACAUUUAUCAGAAGGAGUCAUUUGAAAAGCCAUUUUUUAGUACAUAUGUAAAAACAUCCAUGUUUACUCUGUACCUGCUGGGUCUUUGUUUCUAUCCCCCAUGGAAAGAUUACAUUAAUAAAACUCCCAAGUAUACACAACUAGAGACAGAAGUUGAAGAAGAACCUGUACAAACUGAAGAUAACGGAAGUUUGAGUCCUCCGACUUACGUUCCAUUAAAGUGGGGUGAAAAACCGGAGAAAUGUUCCGGCUCGGAAAGCGACGACGCAUCAUUGCACAAAGCAGUUAAAUUUUGCAAACUCGCCGAGGUUCGCCAUAUGUCAGAAACGAAUGCGAGCGAUGCGUUCUGGGCCAGGCUCUCUUACCACGCGAGCAUUAAAGCCGGCCACCUUGCCAAAAGGGCUGCCAACAGAUUGUCGAUAGAACAAGUGGCAAAAAUAGCCUUCACAUUUUGCCUUUUGUGGUUUGUGGCCAAUUAUACAUUCCAAGCAGCCCUCGUAUAUACUGAAGCAAGUUCGGUAGCCCUGCUCUCUUCAUCAUCGAGCAUUUUCACAUUACUUUUGGCAGCUAUAUUUCCUUCCAGUGUUGCUGAUAAGUUCACCCUAUCUAAGUUUAUUGCAGUAAUUUUCAGCAUCUUUGGUUUGGUAAUGGUGAGCUUGUCAAAUUCGAGGUUUGAAAUAAACUUAUCUCUAGGAAUAAUACUGUCUUUAGUUAGCGCUUUUUUCUACGCCUCUUAUCUUGUCUUUCUACGAAGACUAGUAGACAAUGAUGAUAAAAUGGAAAUACCGAUUUUCUUUGGUUUUGUAGGUCUUUUUAAUUUUCUCCUGUUGUGGCCGACAUUUUUUCUUUUACACUAUUGUAAAUGGGAGUCGUUCGAAUGGCCGAACAAGCAUCAGUGGACUUGCUUAAUUAUUAACGGUCUAAUAGGGACUGUGUUGUCAGAAGCUUUGUGGCUCUGGGGGUGCCUUUUAACGUCGUCACUAAUCGCAACACUGGCCCUGAGUCUGACCAUACCUCUAUCGAUGUUGGCAGAUAUGGUGUUAUCAACAGUUGCGUAUUCAACAUUUUUCUACAUUGGUUCAAUACCGGUUAUCGCUUCAUUUAUAUUUGUUACUUUCCUACUACACCAUGACAAUAAUGAUCCUUUGUAUCAGUUGUGUAAAAGGGUAUUGCCUCAGGAAUCAAGGUUAUCAGAUGCAGAAUUAGAGCAGCGUGAAUCAUUGAUAGGUAUUAACGAAGACCACGAAGCCUAAUAUUUUUUUUUCAAUAAUUGGGUAAAUAUUACUUCACUGUUGAGAAUUGUGUAAUUAAAAUGUAAGAUAUUUCCGUUCGAAUUACUUGAUAAACAUCAAUUUUUUUUCUAUAAUUUAUUUUAUAUUUUAAAUUAUUGUUCUAUCACAUUGUACAUUGGAAAAGAAGUCCUGUAUAUAAUACCAGCUAAUAUAAAGACAUCCUUAAAUUGUUUUAAAAGGGGAAAAAACAUUGGUGCUGGAGGUGCAUUUAUUAUAGAUCUUUUUUGUUCAUUCCCUAAAGCAAAAUUUGACCUUUGGAAAAAAAAACAGUGACUUUAACAUCCUAUACAGUUUACACAUCACUGUGAAUAUUAUAAAAAAACAAACGCAGUGAGUUACAAAUUUGCUUGCAAAUUAUGAAACAUUUUUUGAACAAGAAAUUUUUUCUUAUAUAUAAUGAAAGUGAAGAGGACAAGCUGAGAUGGGAAUAUGUUAUAUGUUCCUUCCCACUUUUAUUUCUCAAAUGUUUAUAAAAUUAAAUAGCCCACAUAUCACAUGUCAGUUUAAAUUUUCUGAUUUAUUCUUUCAUAAUUGUUUCAAAUAAUAUCUAAAAAAAAUAAUAUAGAAAAAAACUCAUUACGUUGUCAUUGUUUUCAAUCUGAAGAUUCACUUUUUAAUGAGUGAAAGAAGGUGGGCACAUAUCAUGUCAGUUAAAUUUUCUGAUUUAUUCUUCCAGAAUUGUUUAAAAUAAUGGCUAAUUUAAAAAAAUCUCAUUAUGUUGUCAUUGUUUUGUAUCUGAGUAUUCACUUUUUAUGGGUGAAAGAAGGUGGGCAUUAUUGUAAUUAAUUUAUAUUCAAUUGUAUAUUUUGUAUUUAAAAAAAAUAAAAAAAUAAAAAAAUAACCCAUAAUGUCACAGGUAAGUCACAGUUUUUAUAGCUAGUUUUGGCCCAGUUAUUGGUUUUUCACAUUAGUCGGACUUCUGACUGUAGCUUCCCAAUUCAUUUGUUGGUCAUUUUCUUAAAAUUGCGUCUACUAGACCUGUGGCAUUCAUGGUUCACAGUAUGCCACCAGGUCUCUGGCCCAGAUCAAAAUUUUCCUUUUUCAUCUUCUUGAAUUAGGAAGUUUUUAAAUAAUUAAAAAAUACAAUAAUUAUGUUGUUUACAACUGACAGUUAAUAAAUUGUAAAAUUAGUGAAAACCGAAUAAUAUUGGGAGUAGGUAAGUAAACCACGUUUGAGAGACUUUGUGGCCUAGACCAAGACCUGUGGCAUUAAGGGUUAAUUAAAUAAAUAAUAUUUUUAUUAAUACUCUCUAUAAUGAUUUUGUACUGAAUGAUUUAUUAUUUUUUUAUCGUUGUUAAGGUACGUAAGUAUAAAAAAAAAUUCGUUUUCAUUCCAGGCAUUAUUUAAUUAUUUUAAUUUGAUUUUUUAAAAUUAAAAUUUAAAACGCUGUUUUUGAGCUUUUAGCUAGUCAAUUUGCAGGUAUUAGCCUACUUAUAAGGAAAAAACUCACUACAUUCUCGCUCGGUCCAAUCACUUUUUACAUUUAGAUCUAAUUUUAAAUCAAUCACAAAAUGAAAAAUAAGUCAACGUGCAAGCAUUCAAUUGCAUGUUUUUAAAUACGCUUAUUGUGAUAAAACUGAAAUCGGUUUAUUUAUUUAUUUAUUUGUAUUUGAAUAUGGCAAGUUGGUAUUUUAAAGGCAUAUCCAGCAUUAAUUUCUAUAUUGACAUCAAUAAAUGCUGGAAAUUUUGUAAUAUGCAAAUUUACUUUGAAUCGACUGAUAUUUUUGAAACGAGACUUUAAAAUUGAUUUGUUCUUAUGAACCGGAAAGGAAUAUUUUUAUUAAAAUAGUGCAAAUAAGAAAUUUUAAUUAGAUUUAUCAUUGCAAAAUUAGAUCAAUUACAAAGUUGUAGUGCUAAUCAUUAAAAUGUAUGUAAUAUUUAGCUCGACUUUUAUGCCGAUUAUACACUCCCCAUUAUAAAAAAAAAAAAAAUAUCGACUUCCAUCCUUUUUGGGAUCAUAAAAAGUUUUUUAUAAAAAAUCCUGGGGUCCUCACACUCCUUCAAUACAGCUGCCUAUAGCAUUUCAAGGGUCGUACGGGGUUGAUACCGUGAUGGAACCUUUCUUUUCAGACUUCUUCAAGGAUACGGAUAGUUGUCGGGUUCAGUACUUGCCAUCCAGAAUGUGAUAGACCUUCAUGUCAAUUACAA